CCGUCUAACUGACAAUGAUGUACAGUGAGCUAGCCACUUCUUUUUUUUUACAUUGUGAGUUAAGUAUGUACAGAAAGAAACGCACAGCUUAAUUCUGGCUCAAAGUGCUAUUAGGCCUUCAAUGUAGAUUCGACUGUUGAUAUUAGAAGAUGGCCGGUUUCUGGUUGACGAACAAACGAAUAACUGAUCUCAAUAUUCGCCACAUUUAUGGUGGACCAGAGGCAACAGGUACGCACAGAUUGCUCAAGAAUUCUCGCACGUUCAGUCUGAGAAACAAGGAAAAGGAGGAAAAGAAAGCGGAAGCGCUGCAGAGACGCACAAAGAGGAGGCUGUUCGAUGCGAAUUCUCGUGGAGAGUAUGUCGUCCCGCGAGCUCCAGCUUUUAGGGAAUUGGACCAAGAAGGAGUCGAUGAUAUAGUGAACAGAUUAAACCACCCCAAGAGCGCACCGGCUUUACGACGAAGUCAGUCUACAAAGUCUUCAAAUGAAGACAGUGAAAGCAGUUGGCAAAAGCCGCGGCCUCUGUCGGAGAGAGAAUUGAGUGACGUUUCUCUUCGGCUACAUUCUCACGAGACUCACAUGAGUCGUAUGAGGAGUGGUAAGGGGGUCCGACUGCCACCCCCACGCGCAACUACCCAGAGUACCAGCGUGUCAUUCCGCAGUGCGAGGUAAUAGAACGUGUUCUUUCUGGGAAGUUGUGUAAGGAAGCAUCCCAGAAAAGGGGAGACAGUUCCUACAAUAUACAAUGUAUUGCAUCGACCUAAAAAUUACAAUUCCUGGUUGUGAACAGUUUUAUAUAGUGACGCCAUAUCAAGGACAUGUUGAUUCUUCCUUCAGGCUAAGAAAUACUCUACUACGGAUUUUCAUUUUCAAAUUUCUCAUCGAGGGAUUAAAAUCUCUUCCAUAAAACAAUUUAAACUGUGCAUUAAAAGUGUAUUUCAUGACUUCAUAAACUUUUAAUCACUGCGUGAUCUAAUCCCCGGACUGCUUUUGUUCAGUUGUAUUUAAUUGUAAUUGUAUUAAAUCAUUUAUUCAUUUUACUUUCAUAAAAGUUGUUGUUCAAAUUCUGGACUUUUUAAAAUAUAUCUUCAUGGCUAUAUAUAUUUAUAUAUAAAGUUCUUCAUUGUGACUGUUCAAGUUGUA